GACUAGCCUACCUGUGUCGUGCAUGGACCAACCUCUGAAUUCACCGUGUUGCGUGGCGCUGAAUCGGAAUAUCAGCAGUCUUACCUGACAAACUCCCGUUACUUUAAGUCGAGGAAUAGAACGUAACCUUGAAGUACGGGGACACCUGAACAAGAUAACUCACCUGUAGCGACGUCAUUGCUGUUUUUGUGGAGUGUGUGGGCUUGGGGAGAAAAAGAACGGACACGCACAGAGAAGAAAAACGGGAUAGAAGACUGAAACUGCGGAGCUACAAAGUUUGUUGUAGAGGUGGAGAACAGAAAGGAGGGAGGACUGCGGGAAGAAAGAGAAGGGAACGAUCCUUCCCGUUUUUUUUUCUUUCACGAGGGGAAGGUAUAUUUUUGAAGUACUUUUUUCACCAGUUUACCUGGAGCGAAUUGAUUCUACAGAAACUUGACCGAAUAGGACAGUUUAACCGUAAAAAAACGACCAUGCCGCGAGCCUUCCUGGUAAAGAAGGCGAGAUACUCGCCCUAUAAGCGGAACUGGAGCGAAUUGCCAGACGACGAGCGCGGGGACGUAUAUAUACCAGUGUCUGUCUUCCCCGUGCCCUUAUUGGAGGAAACUGAAGCCAGUCCAGCAGAGACCACCCCCUGUCUCGCCACGACGACGCACUACGAAUACACCAAAUACACACAGUCGCACUCGGUGCGCAGCGUGAUGACCCCUACAGCGGAGAUGCCCUCGUGCACGGUGCUGGGUCAACCCCAGAGCCCUGGUCGGGAGUUAGAGGUCACGGGGUUAGAGGUGAAGAGGAGGGCACAGAGCAGCACCUAUGUCCGCUCCAAAAUCAAGGUGACUACAGGUGAGCUACCCAGUCAGAUUCCAAUACCAACCCAGCCUUCCAUCCCUGAAAUCACCACCACACCUGUUUCCUUGACGACGUCCCCUCCUGCCCUGGUCUCCACAGUAACGAAGUCAGGGACAGGUGCUCAGGCGUUGUUUGUGUGCAAGAUGUGUCAGAAGGUGUUCCAGUACCAGAGGAUGUUGAACCGACACCUGAAGUGUCACAGUGAUACUAAGAGACACCUGUGUAACCACUGUGGUAAAGGAUUCAACGACACCUUCGACCUGAAGAGACACGUCAGAACACACACAGGAGUGCGUCCCUACAAGUGCUCUCUGUGUGACAAGGCCUUCACCCAGCGCUGCUCUCUCGAGUCUCACAUGAAGAAGAUCCACGGUGUGACCCUGCAGUACGCCUAUAAGGAGAGACGCAACAAACUCUACGUCUGUGAGGAGUGUGGCCACACCGCCCCUUCCCAGGAUACACUGCUCAAACACUACCACGCCCUCCAUCCCAACUCCGCCUUCCUGAGGGGGAAGGGGCUGAAAGGGGGGAGAGGGGCAGAGGGGGAGGAGUCGAUGCCUGGGUCGCCGCUUUCGAAUGACCAGGAUAGUGAUGAUACUACAGGGUCUGGGGUGCAGUAGAAAGAAGGGGCUGAAGGAGAGGGGAAGGGUAGGAAUACAACGGUUGUCUUUGUCGAAACUGUCUUCGGGUAAAUCUGAAACGUUAAGGGAACGUCCAUUUUAAAUAUGAGACCUGUUGAGAUUAGGAUUGAGAUUAUGCCCAGAUUGAGAUUAUUCUGGGUUUCACCUGGAACUCUCCUCCCGAUGUAGAUUAUCUGUACAAAAAAAAAACACAACUCUAUAUAUUCAGUAAAGGGAUUAAUAUAUUUAAAUAUGUACUUUGCUAUGAAUUUAUACAGUGUGUUUUAAUGCUAUUAUGCAUUUGAUUGAUGAAAAUAACCAAUGUUUGUUUUGGGGUUUACACUACUGAAAGUUCCAAAUGGUGGUCUAUAGGAAAUCUUUUGCACAACUACUGUACACUGUAGUACUACUAUAAGAUGUUGUAUCUACUGCAAUACCAAGGUUGGGCUCAAUUCCUUUUCAAUUCCAGUCAAUUCAGAAAAUACACUGUAAUUCCAAUUCUCUUCUAUGCUUUUUGGGGAAAAUUUGGAAUUAGUUUUAUAUUCCGAAUUAACUAUAACUGUACGAUUGAAAUGGAAUUGACCCCUAACCCUUGUCUUAUACAACUGUAACGACUGUUGAAAGAAAGAGAUUGUGAAACAAAGUGCCGGUCAUGUUUACAUUCAUAUCCAAUAGGACUUGGAAAGGAUCCAACUUCUACAGAAGAGAUUACUACUUGCAUACUGGAAAAGCACAGUGAGAUUAUUCUAGCCUGGUCCCAGGUCUGUUUGUGCUGUAUAGCCAUCUCCACUCCACUAUAGCCUGGUCCCAGGUCUGUUUGUUGUAUAGCCAUCUCCACUCCACUAUAGCCUGGUCCACUCCACUAUAGCCUGGUCCCAGGUCUGUUUGUGCUGUAUAGCCAUCUCCACUCCACUAUAGCCUGGUCCCAGGUCUGUUUGUUGUAUAGCCAUCUCCACUCCACUAUAGCCUGGUCCCAGGUCUGUUUGUUGUAUAGCCAUCUCCACUCCACUAUAGCCUGGUCCCAGGUCUGUUUGUUGUAUAGCCAUCUCCACUCCACUAUAGCCUGGUCCCAGGUCUGUUUGUGCUGUAAAGCCAUCUCCACUCCACUAUAGCCUGGUCCCAGGUCUGUUUGUUGUAUAGCCAUCUCCACUCCACUAUAGCUUGGUCCACUCCACUAUAGCCUGGUCCCAGGUCUGUUUGUUGUAUAGCCAUCUCCACUCCACUAUAGCCUGGUCCACUCCACGAUAGCCUGGUCCCAGAUCUGUUUGUGCUAUACAGCCAUCUCCACUCCACUAUAGCCUGGUCCCAGGUCUGUUUGUUGUAUAGCCAUCUCCCCUCCACUAUAGCCUGGUCCCAGGUCUGUUUGUGCUAUACAGCCAUCUCCACUCCACUAUAGCCUGGUCCCAGAUAUGUUUGUGCAAUAUAGCCAUCUCCACUCCACUAUAGCCUGGUCCCAGAUAUGUUUGUGCUAUACAGCCAUCUCCACUCCACUAUAGCCUGGUCCCAGGUCUGUUUGUGCUAUAUAGCCAUCUCCACUCCACUAUAGCCUGGUCCCAGGUCUGUUUGUGUUGUAUAGCCAUCUCCACUCCACUAUAGCCUGGUCCCAGAUCUGUUUGUGCUAUACAGCCAUCUCCACUCCACUAUAGCCUGGUCCCAGGUCUGUUUGUGUUGUAUAGCCAUCUCCACUCCACUAUAGCCUGGUCCCAGAUCUGUUUGUGCUAUACAGCCAUCUCCUAUGGUGUUUGACAAGACUAUAUCCAUAGAAUUGGCAAAACAAUACACAGAUCUGGUACCAGGCUAAGAUUGUAUAGGAUUUACAUACUGAUUCUCAGGUUAGAAUACACUCCACUAUAUAAUGCUGUUGGUUUUGAUAUGUUUUCUAUUAGUGGGGUUAAUGUAUAGACACAUGAUUAUCCUUUUCAUAUCAAUGUGUUUGAACUUGUUCUGGUUGUUUUCCUAUUUUUUUUUCUAUAAAAGUGUUUUUGUUGUUGCUUUUUGAGUGUGAUUUCGGCACUUGAUUCUUGGCCAGUGUGUAUGUGUGUAUACUGUAUAAGUGCCUGACUACUCAUAAGGGACAGACAACCAAAAGGGUACAGAAUGAUAUUAUACUGUACUUUCUAUAACUGUACAAUAUAGUAUAUACACUGAAAUAUAUAUAUAUAAAGAAGUUUUCUAUUUAUGAACAGGUGUUUGAAUGAUUACUAUAUUAAUGGGGUUCUUGUUUUCUGUGAAUUUUAUUUUAUUUUUAUUUUUUACAAUCAUUCUAAUGUGACUUGUAUCAAAUUUGUAUUUUAUUAUAUGUGUCAGAACUCGGAAACUCUGAAAUUUCCAACUUGGAUAGUCGUUGUAGAAAAAUUAGGUCAAAUUUUUGGUUCCACUAGGAAAGUAUCAUAAUCAACCAAUUGGAAGCGCUACGUAAAAAAAAAAAAAAAAAAAAACGUAUGCAAAUUUGAACUCUUGAGGUUCUGAUUUUCCGAGUUGUCUUGAAUGCGGCAUUUCAAAUACUUUCUUCCCUUGUUGCCAAUUUGACUUGUUUAAGUUCUUGUUUUCCGGGUGUGUUUGAUGGGUGUGUUUGAUAGGUGUGGUUGAUGGGUGUGGUGGGUUGUGGAUGCUGCUGUAUAUUCAGUGACGCUUACUUUGACAAUCAUGGUGAGGUUGGUUGUUGCUCAAUAUUAAAUCUGUUUCCUAUAAA